UCCUUCACUAUGGGAAUUUCUUUGUAUUCUCAGUGUUUCUGCUGCUUCAUCUGCAUACUUUCAAUAUUUUGCAUAACUAAUUGUUUUAUUCAAAAUGCUUACAGCCAAUGCCUGCAGGAUCAGAGAAGUUUGUUGCUUCAACUGAGGAAUGAUCUUAUAUUCAAUAGCACUCGAUCACAAAAACUGGUGCUCUGGACUCAGACUCAAGAUUGUUGCAACUGGGUCGGUGUGGAAUGUGAUGGUGCCGGGCAUGUGAUCAGUUUGCAGCUCGAUUGGGAGAGAAUUUCGGGUGGGAUUCAUAACAUGUCAAGUCUUUCUGGCUUUUGGUACCUGGAGAAGCUAAACUUGGCUGAGAAUGAAUUUGGAGGUUCCAAUUGAUGUUUCACUAAUGAGGAGAUUGGUCACUCUCGAUCUCUCAGAUAACGCUCUAGAAAUUGAGAAUCCGAAUUUGAAGAUGCUUCUUCAGAAUCUAACCGGGCUAAGAGAGCUUUAUCUCGAUGGCGUGCAGAUGUCGUCAGCAGUUCUUAAUUUCUUCGCUAACUUCUCACAUCUGACUACCUUGUCUCUCAGUGGAUGUGAUUUAAGAGGCUCAUUCCCUGAUAUGAUCUUCCAAUUACCUACCCUAGAGAAUCUUGAUUUAUCCUACAAUCAGUUACUCACUGGCUCCAUACCACAAUUUCAUCGAAAUGCAUCUCUUAGGACUAUGUUGCUUCUAUCUACUAACUUCUCAGGCCCAUUACCAAAUUCUAUUGGUAAUCUUAGCAUGUUAUCCGAGAUAGAUAUGCGCAACUGCAGCUUCACUGGACCUAUUCCAUCCACGAUUUCUACCCUAACUGGGCUAACUUAUGUGGACUUAUCCGAGAACUUCUUCACCGGUUCAAUCCCAUCAUUUUACAUGUCCAAGAACCUUCAACUAGUAGACCUUAGUGAUAAUUCACUUAGUGGGAGCAUCCCCAAGUCUCUCUUUGGUCUUCCUUCACUACAAAUACUUAGACUUUCCAACAACCAGUUAAGUGGUCGAGUCUAUGAAUUUUCAACUUUACAUUUUCCUCACAUAGUUGCGCUAGAUUUAAGCCGUAAUAAACUGGAAGGGCAAAUUCCCAAGUCAUUUUUCACACUAGAAAGGCUUGAAACUCUUAAACUUUCUUACAACUUCUUCAAUGGCACAGUUCAAUUAGGAAAGUUGCAAAGGCUACAUAAUCUUGUGGAGCUAGACCUUUCGUACAACAAUUUAUCUAUUGACACAAGCAUCACUAAUACAAAUUUGUCGAGGUUUCCCCAGCUAUUCUCGUUAUCCCUAGCUUCUUGCAACCUACAUAAUUUUCCUGAUCUUACAAACCAACACAGUCUGGAGUUAUUGAACCUCUCAAACAACCGGAUAAUUGGGGAAGUACCUAAUUGGAUUUGGGAAAUUGGAAAUGGAACACUUGUCGAUUUGGAUCUUUCUUCGAAUCUGUUGGUUAGUCUGCAGAAGCCAUACCACUUUCCUACAUAUUGA